AUGCCUAAGCAUUCGUCUGCAGGCUGGGGCUGGAGAGUACUCAUCUUAACUCAAGCGUCUAAAUCGGGGAACGGGUCGAUGAAGGAAAACUGGAAAUGCCCCAUCUGCCACCAGGACGCCCGCCCGCAGAGCCUAGUCGUCGACGGCUUCUUAGUUGAAGUCCGCGAGGAGUUGGCGCGCACCAGCCGACUCGAAACCGCUCGAGCAAUUCAAGUCAAAGCCGGCGGCUCGUGGCAAGUCAGGGCCGAAACGGAGGUUUCGGAUCGAAGCGGUUUAGACCGAACUGCAUCCAAGCGAAAACACAUCGGCGCCAAUGCAGAUUAUCCGGCCUCCCAAAGACCCAAGGUCGAACAGGAGCCGCGUCUUAUUACGAAUGGCGAUACCAAUGUCCAAACGACUCACCAACAACCCCCCGAAGUCAUCACCUUAGAUUAG